AUGCUGUUGAUGGAUGUAGGAGUUCAAACAGAGAGAAUUCACUUUGAAAUAAGCAAAGAAAGGAAAGACGCUGAAGUUCAAACUGAAAUAUCUCUUCACGAAAACCAUAGUGCUGAAAAGAUAGAUGCUGGAGUGCAAACGGUGAAGACAGAUUCCAGAAUUACCAAGAAAUAUGCAGUUCCAGCAGUCAUAAUUGAUGCUGGUUCAGGUUCCGUCAAGGUCGGAUUUGCAGGUGAUGAAGAUCCAGAAGCUGAGUUUCCCAAUGUUAUCGGUGCACCUAAACAUAGUAUCGCCUUCUCCCCUUUACAUGAACCUCCCUCGGAAAGUGACAUUUUAGUAGCCGAGAAUGCAGAAUGCAAUGUAAAAGUACUUAACGUCCGUUAUAAUGUUGUCGAUGGCAUCAUUACGUGGUGGGCAGGUAUGGAAAAGAUCUUAGAUCAUGCUCUUUUUCGUAAACUCGAUGUUGACGUUUCUCAAUUCGUUAUUCUAAUAAUUUCGGAGACAUCAAACAGGAAACAGUUUUUGGAAAUACUAUACCAAAGAUUUAAACCAAUCGAACUUAUUCUUGUAAAUCAAGUUAUCUUAUCCCUCUUUGCUUCUGGUCGUUCGACUGGUGUGGUUAUCAAUUUUGGGGAAGGAACAUCUCAUGUUGUCCCAAUCCAUGAAAGAAAUAUACUUCAAUACGCUGUCCGAAGAUGGGGUUGCAAUGGCCUACAGCUUACGGAAAAACUUAUGGAGAUGCUGAAUAUUUCUAAGACAUCACUUGGACGCAAAUAUGCCAAGAAAAUCAAAGAAAAGCAUUGUUACGUUGCAAGUGACCCUCACGCAGAGAGACGACAUGUUAGGUAUGACCAAUGCCAUUUACCUGAUGGUAGCGAAAUCACUAUUGGUCAAGAGAAGUUUCAAUGCCCGGAAGUACUUUUUCAAAACUGGUGUAUACACAGAAUUGUCGUUAGAGCAAUCAAGAGUUGCGAUAAAGACAUUCAGAAAGAUUUAUUCAGAAAUAUCGUCCUCGCUGGUGGAUCUACAAUGCUUCCUGGAUUUCCUGAGCGCUUGGAAAAGGAAAUCAGAGACUUGGUUGGGGAGACAAUAGAGGUCAAUAUCAUUGCACCUCCUGAUAGAAAUCUUUCUGCUUGGAAAGGAGGGUCCAAAAUAGCUCCAACGGACUUUUUCCCAUGCAAUAUAAUUUCGGGAUAUGAAUAUAAAGCUGGGGAAUAUAGUAUUUUCCAUAAAUAA